AUGAAAACACAUGAGCGUGCUGCCAACUUGGCUCUUGCUGGUUUGAGCUUGGCACCGCUCGUGAUCAAUGUUAACCCAAAUUUGAAUGUGAUACUGACAGCAUGUCUUACUGUCUAUGUGGGCUGUUACCGUUCCGUCAAGUCAACUCCACCCGCUGAGACAAUGUCCAAAGAGCAUGCUAUGCGUUUCCCUUUGGUUGGGAGUGCUAUGCUUUUGUCGCUAUUCCUUCUGUUCAAGUUUCUCUCCAAGGACCUGGUCAAUACUGUUCUCACUGCCUACUUUUUCAUUCUUGGCAUUGCUGCGCUCUGUGCAACGUUGCUCCCUACUGUCAAACGUUUUCUUCCAGAAGGAUGGAAUGAUAAUGCCAUUGUCUGGCGUGCUCCAUAUUUCCACUCACUGUCGGUGGAGUUUACCAAGUCUCAAGUUGUCGCUUCAGUCCCUGGAUUUUUCUUCUGCGUAUGGUAUGCCAUGAAGAAGCAUUGGCUAGCAAACAAUGUUUUGGGACUUGCUUUCUGCAUUCAGGGAAUUGAGAUGUUAUCACUAGGAUCAUUCAAAACUGGUGGUAUUCUCUUGGCUGGACUUUUUGUGUAUGACAUUUUCUGGGUUUUCUUCACUCCAGUUAUGGUCAGUGUUGCUAAAUCAUUUGAUGCUCCAAUAAAGCUUCUAUUUCCCACCGGGGAUGCCGCACGCCCGUUCUCUAUGCUUGGUCUUGGUGAUAUUGUUAUACCUGGUAUAUUUGUUGCACUUGCACUCCGUUUCGAUGUCUCAAGAAACAUUAAGAACCGUUACUUCAAUAGUGCAUUUUUGGGAUACACUGCGGGUAUGACAGUAACAAUAGUUGUGAUGAACUGGUUUCAAGCUGCACAGCCUGCUCUGCUAUACAUCGUUCCUGGCGUGACUGGUUUUGUGGCUGUCCACUCUUUGUGGAAUGGUGAAGUAAAGCCGCUACUGGAGUUCACCGAGACGCAGCCUGAAGAGGAGGGAGCCGCCGAGGAAGAAGAUGAAGAUUCCAGUCAGAGCAAAAAGGUGGACUAG